AUGAUGUGGCAACUGUCAACAAAAAUGCAUGGCACUGGUAAUAACUUCAUCAUCAUAGAUUCACGUUUAGUAGAUAACGUAAAUCGGGAUUAUAAAAAGAUAGCUAAUGACAGUAAUUGUGAUCAAGUUAUAGUUGUCACUAAUUCCAAUGUUGCAGAUUGUUUUAUGCAUAUUUAUAACGCUGAUGGUAGUAAAGUUGAAACGUGUGGAAAUGCAGCACGUUGUGUGGGAUAUUUAAUCAUGCUGGAAAAAGGUACUAAAUAUGCAACUAUUGAACUGAUGAAUGAACAGAUUUUAGAAUGCUUUAAAGCAGGUAAUAAAUCCAUCAAAAUCAAUAUGGGAAAACCGUCACUUAAGUGGUAUGAAAUUCCUCUAUCAACUGAAUGUGAUACUCUCCACCUACCGAUAGAACUUGGAGUAUUAAAAGAUCCAGUUGCAGUCAAUAUUGCACCACAGCUAGAAAACCAUAUACUAUUUCCUAAGAAAACUAAUGUCAGCAUUGCACAAAUAGACAAACCAGGAGAAAUAAAUUUGCAGGUUUGGGAAAGGGGUACAGGUAUUACUGCAUCGUGUGGUAGUGCAGCUUGUGCAGCUUUUGUUGCGUCUGUAAAUUAUCUAUCGAGUGGACAAACAACGUAUUUAUGA